AUGGCGCAGAAUAUGAGCAUCAUGAACCUGACCAAGUCCAGCUUGGAGGCCCUGAACAGAAACCAAAUGCUCUCCAAAAGGAGGAAUAGGAAAAUUUUGAAGAUAUGCAUAUACAUAGUUCUGACAUUUGUGAUGUGCGGUGUAGUGUUCGUAUGCUUCACUACGAUAUCGAGAAAUGAUUGGAGCCUUAACCGAAGCGACAAUCUGAAAGAUUCUUCUUUCAACUCUGGUGAUGGAGAUAUCCUCAACAAGGCUGAAAUAGAAACUCUGAAAUUUAUCUUUUCAAAAUACCCUCAAGGGAAGAAGGAUCUAUCUGGUGAUGAAGUAGAAGCACUAGCAGAUGCCGCCAUAUCUAAUGAAGAGGAUGAGAAGAUAAAAAUUGAAGAGCCAGGAAAGCACAUCAAAUUAAUGAAGAAGUAUAAUGAAGUUGUGGCGGACCUCAGUCAAGAAAACAGAGAGCAGUUAGCAAAAAUGUUAAAGGAACUUUUGAAAAAAAAAAUGAAUGAGAAGAAAACAGGAAAAAAAGACCCCAAUAGUGUUAAUGGUGAGGAAGGGAAAGAAGAUAUCAAUGGCGGUUUGUCCAAUUUUAAUUUCGAUAGUGUCGGGGCCAAUGAAGAUGAUAAUGGCGGAGACGCAGUGUUGAGUGAGGAGCACAUCGAAGGUCUCUUCUUCAACCUGAAAUACGCGUCGAAAUUUUUUAAGUUCAUGAACAAGUAUAACAGAAACUAUAAAGACAUCACUGAGCAGAUGGAGAAAUAUGAAAAUUUCAAAAUUAACUAUCUCAAAAUAAAAAAACACAACGAAACAAGCCAAAUGUACAGAAUGAGGUUAAACCAGUUUAGUGACUAUUCGAAAAAAGAUUUUGAAAAUUAUUUUAGAAAAUUACUUCCCAUCCCAGAUCACUUGAAGAAGAAAUAUGUAGUGCCUUUUGCUUCUUUGAAUAACGUAAAAGGUAAAAUGGUGGAUAGCAACAAAAGUGCAGACAUUUUCACUGACGUCCCAGAAAUUUUGGACUAUAGAGAAAAAGGAAUUGUACAUGAACCGAAGGAUCAAGGAUUAUGUGGUUCGUGUUGGGCAUUUGCUAGUGUAGGAAAUGUUGAAUGUAUAUAUGCCAAGGAACACGAUAAAACCAUUUUAACACUGAGCGAACAAGAAAUUGUGGAUUGUUCAAAAUUAAAUUUCGGAUGUGAUGGUGGACAUCCAUUUUAUUCAUUCAUCUAUGCCAUCGAAAAUGGAAUCUGCUUAGGGGCCGAUUAUAAAUACAUAGCUAUGGAUAAUUUAUUUUGCCUAAAUUAUAGAUGUAAGAAUAAAAUUACCCUCUCCUCUGUUGGUGGCGUGAAAGAAAACGAAUUGAUACGGGCAUUAAAUGAAGUAGGUCCCGUGUCUGUUAAUGUAGGUGUAACGGAUGAUUUCUCCUUUUACGAUGGAGGAAUAUUCAACGGUACAUGUACAGAAGAAUUAAACCACUCUGUUCUUCUUGUCGGUUAUGGCCAAGUACAAACCAGCAAAAUCUUUCAACAAAAUAAUAUUUAUGAUGAUGCCAAUGGACUAACGAAAAAGGGAGCGAUAGCCUCUCCAUCAAAGGCCAAUGAUGAUGGUAUUCAGUACUACUGGAUUAUCAAAAAUUCGUGGAGUAAGUACUGGGGAGAAAAUGGAUUCAUGAGACUUAGUCGAAACAAGGAAGGAGACAACGUAUUUUGCGGAAUUGGUGUCGAGGUUUUCUACCCCAUUUUGUAA